AUGCAAGCUAAGCUUUAUCCAAUUACAACUUGGCCAAGAGUGGAAUCUAGAAGUGACAUUCAGUUAGAGACAGUGGAAUCUAGAAGCGACAUUCAGUUAGAGACAGCGGAAUCUAGAAGUGACAUUCAGUUAGAGACAGCGGAAUCUAGAAGUGACAUUCAGUUAGAGACAGUGGAAUCUAGAAGUGACAUUCGGUUAGAGACAGCGGAAUCUAGAAGCGACAUACGGUUAGAGACAGUGGAAUCUAGAAGUGACAUUCAGUUAGAGACAGUGGAAUCUAGAAGUGACAUUCAGUUAGAGACAGUGGAAUCUAGAAGUGACAUUCGGUAUGAGACAUUGGAAUCUAGAAGUGACAUUCGGUUUGAGACAGUGGAAUCUAGAAGAGACAUUCGGUUAGAGACAGUGGAAUCUAGAAGUGACAUUCGGUUAGAGACAGUGGAAUCUAGAAGAGACAUUCAGUUAGAGGCAGUGGAAUCUAGAAGAGACAUUCAGUUAGAGGCAGUGGAAUCUAGAAGAGACAUUCAGUUAGAGACAGUGGAAUCUAGAAGUGACAUUCGGUUAGAGACAGUGGAAUCUAGAAGUGACAUUCAGUUAGAGGCAGUGGAAUCUAGAAGAGACAUUCAGUUAGAGACAGUGGAAUCUAGAAGUGACAUUCAGUUAGAGACAGUGGAAUCUAGAAGUGACAUUCAGAGACAGUGGAAUCUAGAAGAGACAGUGGAAUCUAGAAGAGACAUUCAGUUAGAGACAGUGGAAUCUAGAAGUGACAUUCAGUUAGAGACAGUGGAAUCUAGAAGUGACAUUCGGUAUGAGACAUUGGAAUCUAGAAGUGACAUUCGGUUUGAGACAGUGGAAUCUAGAAGAGACAUUCGGUUAGAGACAGUGGAAUCUAGAAGUGACAUUCGGUUAGAGACAGUGGAAUCUAGAAGAGACAUUCAGUUAGAGGCAGUGGAAUCUAGAAGAGACAUUCUGUUAGAGGCAGUGGAAUCUAGAAGAGACAUUCAGUUAGAGACAGUGGAAUCUAGAAGUGACAUUCGGUUAGAGACAGUGGAAUCUAGAAGUGACAUUCAGUUAGAGGCAGUGGAAUCUAGAAGAGACAUUCAGUUAGAGACAGUGGAAUCUAGAAGUGACAUUCAGUUAGAGACAGUGGAAUCUAGAAGUGACAUUCAGAGACAGUGGAAUCUAGAAGAGACAGUGGAAUCUAGAAGAGACAUUCAGUUAGAGACAGUGGGAUCUAGAAGAGACAUUCGGUUAGAGGCAGUGGAAUCUAGAAGAGACAUUCAGUUAGAGACAGUGGGAUCUAGAAGAGACAUUCGGUUAGAGACAGUGGAAUCUAGAAGUGACAUUCAGAGACAGUGGAAUCUAGAAGAGACAGUGGAAUCUAGAAGCGACAUUCGGUUAGAGGCAGUGGAAUCUAGAAGAGACAUUCGGUUAGAGACAGUGGAAUCUAGAAGCGACAUUCAGUUAGAGACAGUGGGAUCUAGAAGAGACAUUCGGUUAGAGGCAGUGGAAUCUAGAAGAGACAUUCAGUUAGAGACAGUGGGAUCUAGAAGAGACAUUCGGUUAGAGACAGUGGAAUCUAGAAGUGACAUUCCGUUAGAGACAGUGGAAUCUAGAAGAGACAUUCAGUUAGAGGCAGUGGAAUCUAGAAGAGACAUUGGAAUCUAGAAGAGACAUUCAGUUAGAGACAGUGGAAUCUAGAAGCUACAUUUGGUUAGAGACAGUGGAAUUUCGUCCGAAAUGUUUUCUUGUUUUUUUUAUUUCACUGUUCUGUCCUGGCUGCCUCCACAUACAAUAUCACUAGUUGUCUUACUCAGUGAACGUGGAGCUGUUGAGCAGAGCCAAGUAGACAUACAGUAACUG